AAUAACUGACGAUAGUUAAAAAGUUUCAGCGAAAAGGAAAAGGGCCACAUAUAAUAAAUUUGAUUUGGAAUUUUAAUUUCUAGUGUUGCUUCCGUUGGCUACCAUCAACAAUUAAGAUAUCUGAGAUAAGCGAUGACACGUCAUGUGACCACGACUUCUUAUUUAUACUUGCUUGCCGUUGAUAACUUGCAUUUUGGGGGCGUAUGCAAUGGCAACAAGAUGUUUGACUUUAGAAGAGAUGCAAUGUGUAAAAGAAAAAGUUAUAUCAAUGUACCGAGAGCUAGAAAACGUCCUCAAAAGUAAGGAAUACUCAGAAGAUCUUCGUUUUGAACUCGAGCAUUCCAACCCAAAUUAUCUUACAGUUCUUGAAAAAAGAAUCAAAGAUAUGGAAAAAUCUGAUCACGGAAUUGUAGUUGCAGGAGAAACAAGCGCUGGCAAAUCAACGUUGAUCAACAGAAUACUUGAUAUGAGAAUAUUCAAAGGCAGAAAUCUGGAAACCACUUCAACUAUAGUAAAACUAAGAAAUUCAAAUAGAGUCGAAAUCACCACCGAAAGUGAUACAGGAGCGAUAAAAGAAACCGAUUUAACAAACGAAUGUGAUCUUACAAGUAAAGAUGGAGUUAAGGUAUUAAGAGAUUAUCUAAAAAAUAUGACAGACAGGACUGCGUCGCAAAGAAGCGCCCAAAUUCGGAGUGUACAGAUAGGGCUUCCUAUUCCUCUUCUGAAGGGUAACACAAUUCUUGUGGACACACCGGGGAUCGGGGGUUCAGGGGAAGUUACUCAAAAACUCAUAGACUAUCUACCAAAUGCAGUUGCGUUUGUCUUUGUGAUCAACGUGGGGAGUGCUGGUGGAAUGCAAAACGAUAGGCUUCCGGAGAUACUUAAAUCAAUAGUUCUUCUGCAAAUUGACAACGAAAUGCCAUGCUUUGAUCCUCAUGAGGUAAUAUUCAUAACAAAUAAGUGGGAUACAAUCGAACAAAAUGCUGAGGGAAGUGACGGAAAUAGCAGCGAAGACGAUGACGUAACUAAAACAUGGGAAGUUCUAAAGGAGAACAUAAAACAUAACUGGCCAUCUGUGAAAGAGGAAAAUAUAUACAAAAUGAACCUGAAAGACGUUUCCCCCGAAAAAAACAAUGAAUCCUCUAAACAGUUUAACAAAUUCAUGAAAGCUCUGGAAUCAACUGCAAAAAAAGCAGAACACAUCAGAAUACUUCAACAUUUAAGGUUUUUAAAAGACUUUCUGACCAAUAUAUCCAAGAGUUUGGAUGCAAGGCUUGAAUUCGGACAGAUAAGCGAAAAAGACCAACAAGAAUGGGUUGAAGCUCACGAACAAAAGAUAAAAAAGCUGACUGAUGAAUGUGCAGGGUUUAACCAAAUCUUUUGUGGAAAAACCAAAACGACUAUAGCAGAUACAGCAUUGGCAUGUUAUGAAUACAUGGUAACAGAAGUGGGUAAACAAAGAGUUCUCAAUCCACCAGGUCACAAACCUAUAUCGAAUGUUGAUUGGAAACCACUUAUCUUUACAGAAAAAGUCCAAGAAAGAGUCUCGAUGUACCUUUCAGAAUACUUGCAAUCUAAAGGUGUAUUGCAAAAAUUUAGAAAAAUAAAAGAUGAAAUAGCCUCAUUUUACCAAAAGGUAUCAUCCGACCUCUCUGGUAUGGAAAUUGUAUGGACUGAACAUACUUGUAAGACCAGGCUUUCACUUUAUAAUGAUGAUCCAGAAAUAUCAAAAGCAUCUGUUGUUGGGAUUGUUCUUGCAACAUCACCCCUGUGGUUACCCUUACUUGCUACUGGUGUUGGUUUAACUAUUGCUGCAAGCCCAAUUAUUUUCCCAGUUGUUAAACGUCUUGGUCGAGAUAAACGAAAAGAAAAGCUCAUAAAUGAAGAAUAUGACAGAUGUCUUAGGACCGUCAAAGAUUUUAUCCGUAAAGAACUUGAAUCAAACCAAGGUAGAGUCAUUUAUAAGUUGCUGGAUAAAGUAACGGAAGACUUGGUAAAUAGAAGAAUGCAAUCCCUAAAAGUGAUGAUCAAUCAGCUAAACAAGUCAUGUAAACAGAUUUUAUCAAACAUGAAAGGCCUUGAUGUUUUGGCAGAGAGGAUAAAAAUCAUCGAGGGAUCUGCAACAGAAUUGUUAGAUUCUUUUAACCAAGAGGUGAAAGCGGUUGAAACCGGAAUGUUUUAGAUUAAAAUUGACCAAAUUAAUGUUAAAAUUGACUUUUGUGCAUCGCAGCAGAACACUUUUAUUUGACACUAUUUAAUAGGAAUUCAUUGAGAGUAUUGCAUUUUGUGACGCUAAACUAAGAUUACAUGCGAAUAAUACUCGUUUAAAAAACAAAAUUAAUGCAGCAAUGUAAAGAUUCCGUAUUUUCAAAAAAUAAAUUCAUGUUAUAUGAUAAUUUCCUAUCUUAUAUAAAUUGUUUAGAUUAAUAAAAUACAAACAUAAAUUGCAUUUUGCAUAAAAAUUCUAAAUAUUCUAAAUUUAUUUAAAAUAUAUAUUUUCAUUUCUUUUAAAAUCCUAA